UUUCUCUGGGACGUUUUUUUUUUUUUUUUUUUUUUUUUUUUUUUUUUUUUUGUCCUGACCAGAAGUUUUUUUGAAAGUCAUAAAAAGUUCCUCCAAGUUGAGGAGAAACAAAAACAAAAACACAAGAAGGUGAAUCCACUUGCAGUGGACGUGUGUGGCGGUCAUGGAUACCCAUAUAAGAUGGAAAGUUAAACGGAGAAUAAGGGACGCCCAACUCACUUUAGCGGUGAUUUUGCUUUUUGUCACGUCGCAAGCAAGUUCAGCGGAACCAGCAGACCUCUUGAAGAUUUUAGAUUUUCACAGUUUACCUGAGGGUGUUACAAAAUCAACGGGUUUCUGCUCACAUCGGAGGUCAACACAAGGACCCGAUGAGGCUUACAGAGUAUCCAAAGACGCCCAGCUCAGUGCCCCCACCAAACAGCUGUACCCAGGUGAUGUCUUCCCUGAGGACUUUUCCAUCUUGGCCACAGUGAAGCCUAGGAAGGGCAGCCAGUCCUUCCUGUUGUCCGUGUACAAUGAACAGGGCAUCCAGCAGCUCGGACUCGAAGUGGGCCGCUCUCCAGUGUUCCUGUACGAGGACCACACAGGCAAACCCAGCCCCGAGGACUACCCCCUGUUCAGAGGAGUCAACCUAGCUGACGGAAAGUGGCAUCGAGUGGCCAUCAGUGUGCACAAGCAGACCAUCACCCUCAUUCUGGACUGUAAAAAGAAGACCACCCAGAAGCUGCUCCGAAGCCCCCAUCCCAUCAUUGAUACCAAAGGAAUUAUAGUAUUUGGAACUAGAAUACUUGAUGAAGAAGUCUUUGAGGGAGACAUCCAGCAGCUAAUGAUUGUAGCAGACCAUCGUGCUGCCUAUGACUACUGUGAGCACUACAGCCCUGAUUGUGAAGUGCCAGUGCCCGACCAGCCCCAGAACCAGGACCCCAACACAGACGAAUACCACACAGAGGAGGACAACUACUAUUAUGAAUACCCUUACUAUGAGGACAUGGACGGCAAGCCGUACGAAUCAACUCCUGAUACUGAGACAACCACAAAAGAAGUCAAGGUGACAGACGGAGACAGUGUGGUGACCACAGUGGAGGAGAUUUUGAGAGGUGGUACCGGCACAGGUGGCGCCGCCGGCAAAGUCUUGACCUCUGUCUCCAGCAGCUCAUCAUCUGGCGGCGCAUCCUCAAGCUCAUCCUCAAGCUCAUCCAGCGGCUCAUCCGGCAGCUCGUCCAGCAGCUCGUCCAGCAGCUCGUCCAGCAGCUCCUCAACGGGCUCUUCAGGCACCGCCACUGCAGGAGGAGACGCCUAUGGAGAGGAAACCAGCCCCUACGACGGCUACGACGGCUACGAGACCAACUACGCCUACUACGAUGAGGUCACGGCCGCACCGGACGGCGACACAUCUCGACGUGUCACCAUUACCGACAUCGGCACCGGAGGCACCCUGGACCUGGGAGCAGGCGGGAAGAUCGACUUGGGUGCGGGGACGGUCGAAAGGAAGGUCAUCACCAGCGGCGGAGGAGGAACUUCGAUCACAAUCACAAGCAAUAAAACAACAGUUGGAAGUUCCUACGACGACUAUGGCGACGGAUAUGAUUACGGUGUAGACAGCCACUACAGCACCGGUGGAGGCGGUGGCAGCAGCAGCAGCAGUACAGUUCACGUUAGUGGUGGAGGCGGUGGCAGCAGCAGCAGUUCCACCAUCACCAUCGGGGGCGGGUCUGCCGGAGGAAGUUCUGUGUCCGUUGGAGGUGGUUCCGUGUCCACUGGAGGUGGUUCUGUGUCCGUCGGAGGUGGUUCUGUAUCUGUAGGAGGCUCUUCCACCUCUGGGGGUGGAUCGGCCAGCGCUGGCACCGGAACCGGCGGGUCUGUCGCCACCGGCACCGACCUAAGCGUGGACGGGAUUGGCGACUACACAGAUCUUGAUGCCUUUAAGGAGGACACCAUCGAUUACACCGACUUAGAUGGCUACGACGCCUACACAGACCUGGAUUACAGCGACAAAGAUGGCAAAGUGCUACCCGCUGAGACCAAUGAGUACUAUGGACAGGUCGACGGAGCUCGUGGUGAGAAAGGACAGAAGGGAGAGCCUGCUGUUAUUGAGCCUGGAAUGUUGGUGGAGGGUCCGCCUGGGCCUGAGGGGCCAACAGGUCUGCCCGGACCCCCAGGUUCUUCUGGCCCACCAGGCAGCCCUGGAGAUUCUGGAGAGAGGGGACCUCCGGGUCGUCCUGGUCUUCCCGGUGCUGAUGGUCUGCCAGGACCCCCUGGAACUGUCCUGAUGCUGCCUUUCAGGAUGAGCGCUGGAGGUGACUCUGGACAGAAGGGACCUGCUGUAUCAGCACAGGAGGCCCAGAUGCAAGCCAUCAUGCAGCAGGCCAGGCUGGCGAUGCGCGGCCCUACAGGUCCUAUGGGUUUGACUGGCAGACCGGGCCCUCUGGGUCCUCCUGGUGUACCAGGACUGAAGGGAGAGUCUGGAGAAGCGGGACCUCAGGGACCACGUGGACCUCUGGGAUCCCCAGGACCCUCUGGAAAGCCUGGCAGAAGGGGUCGUUCUGGAGCUGAUGGUGCCAGAGGUAUGCCAGGACAGACCGGACCCAAGGGAGACAGAGGGUUCGAUGGUCUGGCUGGACUUCCUGGUGAAAAAGGACACAGAGGUGAACCCGGUCCCUCUGGACCUCCUGGUGCUCCUGGAGAGGAUGGAGAGAGGGGAGAUGAUGGAGAGAUCGGACCCAGGGGACUUCCUGGUGAACCAGGGCCCCGUGGUUUGUUGGGACCAAAAGGACCUCAGGGACCUCCUGGACCACCUGGUGUUACUGGAAUGGAUGGCCACCCUGGACCCAAAGGAAACAUCGGACCUCAAGGAGAGCCAGGACCUCCCGGACAGCAAGGCAACCCAGGCGCCCAGGGACUUCCAGGGCCUCAAGGAGCCAUCGGACCUCCAGGAGAAAAGGGUCCCACUGGGAAGCCAGGUUUGCCAGGAAUGCCAGGAGCUGAUGGUCCACCGGGUCACCCUGGAAAAGAGGGGCCUCCUGGAGAGAAAGGACACAUGGGCCCCGCCGGCCCUCAAGGACCCAUUGGUUAUCCUGGGCCCCGAGGCGUGAAGGGAGCUGAUGGUGUCCGCGGCCUUAAAGGAAACAAGGGUGAAAAGGGAGAAGACGGCUUCCCCGGCUUCAAGGGAGACAUGGGUAUCAAGGGCGACAGGGGAGAGCUCGGACCAGCAGGACCCAGAGGAGAGGACGGUCCCGAGGGGCCAAAAGGUCGCUCAGGGCUUCCAGGAGACUCUGGUCCUCUCGGCCCCACCGGUGAGAAGGGUAAACUUGGAGUUCCCGGACUGCCAGGAUACCCAGGAAGACAAGGACCAAAGGGAUCUCAGGGUUUCCAAGGUUUCCCUGGUGCUAAUGGAGAGAAAGGAACUCGGGGAACAGCAGGAAAGCCAGGCCCACGCGGACAGAGAGGACCGACGGGGCCUCGAGGAGAGAGAGGACCAAGAGGACCAACAGGAAAAGCUGGACCAAAGGGUAACUCAGGAAAUGACGGCCCACCAGGACCUCCCGGUGAGAGGGGUUUGCCAGGGCCUCAGGGACCAACAGGCUUCCCAGGACCAAAGGGCCCUCCUGGACCUGCAGGGAAAGACGGACUUCCUGGACAUCCUGGACAGAGAGGAGAGACUGGAUUCCAAGGCAAAACAGGCCCUCCUGGUCCUCCAGGUGUAGUUGGACCUCAGGGACCAACAGGUGAGACUGGACCUAUGGGAGAUCGAGGCCAUCCUGGACCCCCGGGUCCACCUGGUGAGCAGGGUCUACCUGGAGCUGCAGGGAAAGAAGGAGCCAAGGGUGACCCUGGUCCUGCCGGCCCAGCAGGUAAGGAUGGUCCUCCUGGGCCAAGAGGAUUCCCCGGAGAGAGAGGCCUGCCUGGCCCUGUGGGGGCUCACGGCCUGAAAGGGAAUGAGGGUCCUCAUGGCCCACCUGGCCCUGCUGGUUCUCCUGGUGAGCGUGGUCCUGCUGGCCCCGCCGGACCUACUGGUCUUCCUGGACGUUCUGGUCCUCAGGGGCCCCCAGGCCCUGCUGGAGAGAAAGGUGGACCGGGAGAGAAAGGACCUCAAGGCCCAGCUGGAAGAGAUGGUAUUCAGGGACCUGUGGGUCUGCCAGGACCCGGAGGACCUCCUGGACCCCCUGGAGAGGACGGAGACAAGGGAGAGAUUGGAGAGCCAGGCCAGAAAGGAAGCAAAGGCGACAAAGGAGAACAUGGUCCACCCGGCCCCACUGGCCCUCAAGGACCAGUUGGAGCACCAGGUCCUGCUGGUGCAGAUGGUGAGCCUGGUCCCAGAGGUCAACAGGGUAUGUUUGGACAGAAGGGAGAUGAUGGAGCAAGAGGAUUCCCUGGACCUCCUGGCCCAGUUGGGCUGCAGGGCUUGCCUGGUCCCCCUGGUGAGAAAGGUGAAACUGGAGAUGUUGGUCAAAUGGGUCCACCUGGUCCCCCUGGCCCAAGAGGCCCCUCAGGACCCCCUGGAGCCGAUGGCCCUCAGGGACCUCCUGGUGGUAUUGGAAACCCUGGUGCUGUUGGAGAAAAGGGAGAUGCUGGUGAAACAGGAGAGCCAGGACUUCAGGGAGAAGUUGGACCACCAGGCCCAAGAGGAGAGCGAGGAGAAAAGGGAGAGUCUGGUCCGGCUGGUGCUGCUGGACCUCCCGGUCCUAAAGGCCCCCCUGGAGAUGACGGUCCCAAAGGCAGCCCAGGUCCAAGUGGCUUCCCCGGUGACCCUGGCCCCCCUGGAGAGCCUGGUCCAGCUGGCUUAGACGGUCCACCUGGUGACAAGGGAGAUGAUGGAGAGGCCGGUCAGGCUGGCUCACCCGGACCCACUGGAGAGUCUGGUCCCUCUGGACCACCAGGAAAGAGAGGGCCUCCUGGACCAGCAGGACCUGAGGGAAGACAAGGAGAGAAAGGAGCCAAGGGAGAGCCUGGCUUAGAAGGUCCCCAAGGAAAGACAGGUCCCGUUGGCCCUCAGGGAUCACCUGGCAAGCCCGGUUCUGAAGGACUCAGGGGGAUCCCAGGCGCAGUUGGAGAACAAGGGUUGCCUGGUGCUCCAGGCCCAGAUGGACCUCCUGGACCUAUGGGCCCUCCUGGUUUACCUGGUUUGAAAGGAGACUCUGGUGUUAAAGGAGAAAAAGGCCAUCCAGGUCUUAUCGGUCUUAUUGGACCCCCAGGUGAACAGGGAGAAAAGGGUGACAGAGGUCUUCCUGGUCCUCCAGGAUCAUCGGGUCCCAAAGGAGACAAUGGUAUUGCUGGUCCUUCAGGUCCACUUGGUCCCAUCGGCCCUCCAGGAUUACCUGGUCCUCCAGGUCCCAAAGGUGCUAAAGGGUCAUCGGGACAAACUGGACCAAAGGGAGAGACCGGUACACCUGGACCUCCUGGACCUCCUGGCCCUCCCGGUGAUGUCAUCCACCCACUCCCCAUCCAGGCUCCCAUUAAGGGCAGGUCGCGUAGGAACAUCGAUGCCAGCCAGAUGGUGGACGACGCAGCCGUGGAUGCCAAUUACAAGGACUACGAUGACGGCAUGGAGGAAAUCUUUGGCUCCCUCAACUCCCUUAAGCUGGAGAUUGAACAGAUGAAGCACCCACUGGGCACACAAGGCAACCCUGCUCGUACCUGCAAGGACCUGCAGCUCUGCCACCCUGAUUUCCCCGAUGGUGAGUACUGGAUCGAUCCGAACCAGGGCUGCUCUCGGGACUCCUUCAAGGUUUACUGCAACUUCACAGCAGGUGGAGAAAGCUGCAUCUUCCCAGAUAAGAAGUCUGAAGGGGCUAGGCUCACAUCCUGGGUAAAGGAGAAUCCCGGUUCCUGGUUCAGUGAAUUCAAACGUGGUAAACUGCUUUCCUACGUGGAUGCAGAGGGCAACCCCAUCGGCGUGGUCCAGAUGACUUUCUUGCGGCUGCUGAGCGCAGCGGCCAGGCAGAACAUGACGUACAACUGCUACCAGUCGGUGGCCUGGCACGACCAGGAUCAGGACAACUACGACAAGGCCAUCCGCUUCCUGGGCUCCAACGAUGAGGAGAUGUCUUACGAUAACAACCCCUACAUCCGCGCCCUGGUCGAUGGCUGUGCGUUGAAAAAGGGCUAUGAAAAGACAGUACUUGAGAUCAACACACCAAAGGUGGAACAGGUGCCAUUUGUGGACAUCAUGUUCAACGAUUUUGGCGGUUCCACGCAGAAGUUUGGAUUCGAAGUGGGGCCUGUCUGUUUCAUCGGCUAAGACUUUUUACUGAGCAAAAUGGAGAAAAAAAAGCAUAUUUUUGUUUUCUCAGAAAAAAAAACGAUUGAAAAAAGAAUAGGACAAUUCUAUUUGUAAAAAAGUAACUUUUUUUUCCAUAAAGCAACAAGUAUGAGUAAAAUGAAAUCAAGUUGAAAGUACAGUGAAAUUCUGAAUAGAGGAAAACCGAAAUAACCUUGAAACCUCAGUGUGCCUUCUCCAUCACAUGCAAGUUUUGAAACUGGAUGUCAGAUCCUGCCUUCUACACAGCACACUCGCACACACAACCUAGCCCCACGCCAUCACACUUGAUUUUGACUUUCUUUUGUCCCAAACAACGAAGGCGACCCUGAGAGCUGCAGCCGUUCCAGACGGUCGCAGUAUUUGCCAUGGACUCCAUCUGAUUUGGCUCUUUUCUUCUCUUUAGUUUUGAUCUCAUGUUUUCCCUCAUCUCCCUGGCUUUUUCCACUUGUCUUUUUGUUGGUUUGUUUGCUCAUUCACUACGGGAGCUUCGUUUGUGCAUAAUUGUCUCCCCAUUCUCUUGGAAUGGACCUUAUAUAUAUAUAUAAAUAUAUAUAAAUGAUUUUUAUGUUUGUAAGUACAUUCUGUAUAUUUUUCCUGGUAAUUUUUAUUGCUUCUGGCUUCAAAACAUGCAUGUGACUUUAUUAAUUGUGAGGUAGGAGACCAUAGAUACGGGGAUAACAUCUCAAAAAGUGUCGAAACAAAGCGAGGAAAUUCGACUUGUAAAUUGAAAGAUGAAAAAGCAAAAACAAAAAAAAACAAAAAAAACAAAAAAAAAAAUUGGUAAGUCCUGUCUUUUUUGCAGUUGUGGAGCACACCUUGUUGUAAUUUAAGAACGGAAUGGAAAUAAAAGACGAAAACAAGCUCUGUGAUACUAUGUGACAGUUGAUUUGCAAACAAACAGAAAAAAAUACAUUCCUCCUUUUGUGCCCUCUGAACUGAACACCUACCUUGGUGGCGAUAUCAUUAACUUAAUAAACAGCUUCUGUAUUUUUAUUUUGUUUUUUCCUGAAAUACUCAUCUAUCUGACUAUGCAGUGGGAGAUGAUGUCACAUUUUAAUGAGAACACAAAGAAAUCAAAACCUAGGUGCUAUUUUCUCUCUUCUGUGGUGCUAUGUAUUUUUCUAGUUUGUGUUGUUUGAAUGAAAGAAAAAAAAUUGUAGCGAUAAUACUCCAUCACCGGCAGCCCCUUGACUCGCUUAAUCACCGCGUCUGACGCGGGUGGACCUUCGCUGCAUCCUUUUAGUUUUAUUUUAAUGUUCAGUGGUGGUAUUUGCAUGCCAUUUCUCCACAUAUCCACUCACAGAUCAGUGCAGCAUGGCGCCGUAUGUUAUCUUCUGCUUCAGCGGACUGCACAGAUAAGAAAAAACGUGUCCGACGCUUGUACCAAAUGUUGGAACAUCGAGAGGAAACUGAGAUGGUGCUGUUGGCUUUGCAUAUCGUUGCUUUGUGACGCUGCAACAUUUUUUUUCUUUCUUUUUUUUUUUUUUUUUUUGGCUCUUGCUGUCAGAUCAAUCUGUGCCACAUCAAACUAAUGGAGUUGAAAAGUGGACAUGUUGUGAUUGGGCCAAAGGGAUAUGGUCCAAAGUUUUGUUUGGUGUACGAGACCCUAAACCCUUCCACCAAAGGUUUUAUAUAUCUAGCUUUAAGUGGCUUGACGUGGCUUAAGAUCGUUUUUAUGUGUGUGGGGAAACAACUUGAAAAGUUCUUUUUCUUGAUUUAACCACAGUAGAAGUCACCAAAUUAGCCGGAUGGAAAAAGUUUGAUCAUGCAGCGUCAAAAAAAAAAUUGCUUGUUGGUCUACUAUUUUUUGCCCUUAUUGUAAUAAUGCUCUUUGUUCAAACUAUGCACUCUCUAUGCUUAUGACCACUAGUAUCUACCACAGAAUUUUUACAGCUCUUCAUACAUAGGUUUGUUUUGUUUCCCUUUUUUUUUUAAAUCUUAAAAUAUGUGACUUGAACCAUUUCUGUUAAGAUAACUCAAUAUGCUUGUAGAUCUUUGGCUUUAUUUUUCAUUGUGAUGCAGUACACCCAAAUUUAACGCUCUCAAUAAAAACGGACAAACAGAUUUUUUGUAAAUUUCCAGAACCAGCAGUGAUGCUGCCAUUGUUUUUGUUUCUUUUUUUUUUUUNUUUUUUUUUUUUUUUUUUUUUUUUUUUUUUUUUUUUUUUUUUUUGGUUUAUUUUGUAGAUUUUCGUUUGUCUGUCUGUUUUUUUGUUUGUUUUCACAGUCUUGUCAAACCUGUGUAAGGAUAAGAGGAUAGAAGAUAUAUUGGUUUUUAUGUCAAUAAAUUCAAGUUUACUGUGGCCAUCCACUCUUGUAUGUCUUUUGAAGCAUUAAAACCUAUCUGUAUGCAUGAAAUUGUAAAGUUUUUUCUCUUGUUAUAAUUUUGUAGCGUGACAUGAUCUCCAGUCCACGUUUUUACUCAUCAGGAUACAUCAGUUUUUCAAUGAGUCAUGUCCACAAUUGUGAAGUGGAGAGAAAAUGAUGAACUUGUAACUCUACCAAAGCCAAUGUUCGUUUGUAGUAUAUUUAUUGUAUUAUUUAAAAUAAAAAAAUAAAUGUUAAAUGAUACCAUA